AUGCAGCUACUGCUUGUUCUCCUUCUAGGAGCCCUCCUCAGCUGCUCCGUGGCCUAUUCACGGAGCUACAGCUACGAUUAUCCCAGGAGAAGGCCCUCGCCUUACUCAUACAACACCGUCCCUCAAUCCCAGAGCAACCGACACUCGCGGGAGAGCGGUGCCACCGCUGCUACCAAAUCGGACACGGAGAAUGCCAAGUUUGCGGGCGCAUCUAACCAGGAACUCGAUGAGUCCGGCGGUGAUGAGAGGACUUUGCUGCUCAAGAAGAAGCUCCGGAAAUUGGCUCGUCCUUAUCUGGGAUACGGCGGGUAUGGCGGAUAUGGCGGAUACGGCGGUUAUGGCGGAUAUGGCGGAUAUGGAGGCGGCAAUCCCUGCUCACCCUUUGGACGCGAUGUCAAGAGCGGCCAGAAGGAUCCGGACGAGCAAGGACGUUUCCUCUUCGAUGUGAAUGUGUACAAAGUCUAUCAAGGAGGAUGUCGUGGCGGAGGCGGUCUGGGAGGUGGUUUUGGCGGUGGUCUUGGCGGUGGUCUUGGUGGUGGUCUGCUCUCAGAUCCCAUUCCACCACCCGUGGCACCCUACCCCGUGCCAGUCCGUCCGUAUGCUCCCUUCGCCACGUGGCUGUCGUUGUUCGCUCCUGGUGUGCUUGGAGCCGCGACUGUGCCGGGUGUUCCCCUGUCGGAUCCUAUCCGUCCUCCUUCGGCCGGCGGGGACUUACAGAGCGAUCCUGCCGUGGAUCCCAGCUAUGCCGCGCCUCCAGUGCGCCGACCCGUCCCCAAUCGGGUCUACUACGAUUCAGCUGGAGCGCCGCCUGUGACGCCUGCCCAACUGGUUGGCGGCGUAGCAACCACUGUGAAUGGGAUCAUCCAACAGCUCACAGGACAGGUGCAACCGGUCUACCAAACGGGCGCCUACCGGUCGAGGAGCAAUCAGCGGAGUAGCUACGGAUGAGCCACCCCUCACGGUCAUUCACCCAUCCCAUUCAUACUAUGUGUAGAGAUGUAGUUAAAAUGUGAUUACGAGUAUCUGUUAGGAAAUAA